AUGUUGCAGCGAGGCCGAAGAUCCGCGUCCCUGGCAGCGGCGUUAGGCCGAUCACACCACAUGCGCUGCAUCCAGACCCACCGCUCUUCCUUCGAUCUUAACGAGACACCCAUUCCUAUGGAUCAAGUGCGCGAGAUUGCCGACACGGAGCCCACGCCUCUGUCUCUGCAACAGAUGCGAUCGUUUGCGGAUGGAGGGGCCAAACUGCACAUUGUGUCGGCUAAGUUCUUGCACAAGGAGCUGCAGUCGCGUUUCGCUCGAGCGAUUGUGGAGCUCUCGGAGUUACCAUUGGGUCUUUGCGACACAGCGUCUAUCCGUCAAGCCAUCGACGUCUACCGACGAGAACUGCAAUGGAUCAACGCGACUAAACCACCAAGCACCGUUGCGGAGGACCGACAGUUCACAGAGACGUUGCGUCAAGCUAAGGCACGCGGCUCGAACUUGGUGCCGCUGAUCUGCUAUGGUCUUCAACAGCUCAAGGCGACGGAUCUCGGACAUAGUGCGCUGCAAAUUGAGAGCGUGCAGGAAGACAUCAAGGACCGACUGGACAAGUUCUUUCUGGGACGUAUCGGCAUUCGUAUGCUCAUUGGCCAGCACGUGGAAUCGCUCGAGCACCCAGGAGGACGUGUUCAUCUUAUAAACGUGGAGGAAAUCGUGCGUGAGGCAUGUGAUCGAGCCACACACCUGUGCAUUCAGUAUUGCGGUGAGGCUCCACCAGUGGAGAUUCACGCGACGGCGAGUGCUGGCACGCCCUUGAUGUAUGUGCGGUCGCACCUGCAUCACAUGGUUUUCGAGCUUGUGAAGAAUGCCAUGCGUGCAACAGUGGAGUACCAUAAGAAGCGGGUUCAUAAAGCUCCGGGCGAACUCAACCAUUUCAAGCAAGUCAUGAAUCCAGACAGCCCGUCCUUGGGGUUUUUCCUUCCCUCGGUUAAAGACGUUUCUGGUGUCAAGAUAUUUCCAGACGUUAGUAAAUACAAGCUUGGAGGAGAAUUGCCGCCAGUGGAAAUCGUAAUUUGCGUGGGCAGUGAGGAUCUGACCAUCAAGGUGACUGACGAGGGUGGAGGGAUCCCACGCAGUCGCUGGCAUAAGCUGUGGCACUAUGACUACACCACGAGCCCUCCUUUCCCUUCUAUCGACUCUAAUGCAGCCUACAGGCAACACUUUAGCGGAGGUGGCUACGGACUGCCGAUGGCAAGGCUAUUCGCACGCUACUUUGGAGGGGAAAUCACCUUUAGUUCGCUCGAGGGCUCCGGAUCCACUGGGUUCAUUCAGGCACAUCGUCUUGGAACCAAUACGGAAGUUGUCCCCGGCCAUGCGUCUUUUAACCUCCCACCACUCUAUUCGUAA